AUGGCGUCAACGGGUACCUCGUCGAGAAAGCGAAAACGCGAUGAACUCCCCUUUGCGGAUCAAGAGAUCGCGACCAUAUCAGUUGAAUACAAAAAUCAACCUCCGCGUCAGUUCCACGUUCACAAGCACUUGCUGUGCUCAUCUUCCGAGGUGCUGCGCGACUCCUGCAACAGACAAGAACCCAAAGUGACAGUGCUCAAGGAUGUACGCUCUGAAGAUUUCGAGGUGUUCACACGGUGGCUGUACACGAAAACAUUGGACGUGGAGAAGAUGGAAGACGUUGUCGAUGACGGUGGCAAGACGACUGGUGGUCAUGUCUGCCUGGUCCACCAGCAAUCUUGCAUCAAGGCAGAGAAGGGAACUGGGGAAAAUGGCAGUGACAGCAGUACCCGCGAAGCUGGACACGGUCAAAACCCUUGCAUUCCUUCCAUUGCCGGCGGUGAUACCAGCGAGGAGACAAUGACCGACGACAAGCCCUGGUACACCAACUUCGGGGAGCAAUCACGCACCCUUGCUCGCUUGCUGGACCUCUACAUCUUCGCUCAGGUGUACAAGGCAGACAGCUUCAAGAUCGCGGCUAUGUUGGAGUUCCAGCGCUUUGCAUUCCAUGCAGACAUCCCAGCUGUGAACAUUGUGCGACAUGCCCUGGACAACCUUGACAUCACCUCAGGGAUGUGCUCGUAUCUACUCGACCGAUAUGGCGGCCAGGACUUCAGCUGCCCGGAGCAAUUAGAUGAACAAAACCUCGAAAAGGCACUCGCCAAGUUGCCACCUCGAUUUCUCACACGAAUGAUAUCACUUGUUGCUAGGAGGACUGCUGGAGGCACAGUCAAUGGCAAGGCCGAGCGGUGGUGCGACUAUCACGAGCACAAGAGCGAGGAGGAGCGCAGAGAAUGUGAAGAACGCAGGCUGCAGGACGCUGACAUAGCGAGGGAGAGAUAUCGGACACUCGUGGGGCAGUAG